AUGGAGCACCACAGCACACUCGCAGAAGACGCAGCCGUGCGCUCAACCGACACGGACGCGCUCGUGUCGCGGUGCUCGGCCGCCUCGCUCGCCUACCUCGACGACACCAUCUCGCCCCUCUUCCUCGCGCCCGCCCAACGCAGGAACCUCGACCGCCGCCCGCCCUUGAUCAACCUCGGUACCCACGCCCGCACCUACGCCAUCGACCGCCUCGUCGUCGACUUUCUCGACCUCCACCGACCACGAGUGGGGCACCAGUCUCCGUGCCAGGUCGUAUCGCUCGGCGCCGGCACCGACUCGCGCUUCUGGCGCAUCCGCAACUCGUUCCAACAACAACACCGCGACUGGAACUGCGCCCACUGGGUCGAGGUCGACUUUCCAGAGGCAACCAGCGCCAAGGCGAGGGUCGUCGCCUCGAAACCCGUCCUGCGCGACGCCCUCGGCGGCAACGUCAAAGUCGAACAUGGCGGCCAGGGCCUGUCGUCGACCCUGUACUCGCUCCUCCCCGGCGACAUCCGCUCCCUCGACGGCCUCACCUCGUCCCUCGUCUCUCCCACCUCCUCCUCCUCGGCACCCUCUUCGUCAGACCCUCCCGCACCAACUCGCACCGCGCCCCUCUCGCCCUCCCUCCCGACCCUCCUCCUCCUCGAGUGCGUCCUCGUCUACGUCCCGCCCGCCGCAGCCGACGCCCUCCUCGCCUGGUUCGCGCGCACGUGGGGCGCCCCGCGACCUGGAGGCGCCGAGGACCGAGCACCAGGAGGCGCCGUCGUCAUGUACGACCCGUUCGGGCUCGACGACAAGUUCGGCGAGGUCAUGCGGCGCAACCUGGCUGCCCGCGGCCUCUCGCUCCCCGGCGCCCCGGCCACGCCAACGCUCGAGAGCCUCGAGGCGCGCCUCGUGCGCGCCGGGGCACGGGGCCAGGUCGGGAGCCGCACGGUGCGCGAGAUCAGGGAGCGGUGCUUGCCGAGGGACGAGCUCGAGCGCGUCAACGCCCUCGAGCGCAUCGACGAGGUCGAGGAGCUCAACCUCGUCCUCGAGCACUACGCCGUUUCGUGGGCCAACCUCGUGCCGGCCGACGACGACGAGGGCGCCGAGGGUGCGACGUCGGGGAGGAGAGGGGCCGGCGGGAUUGGGCUGCGGGACGCGGUGGACAGGCAGGAGGGGCUGUAG